GUCCGUUUUGUUUACCAUUUAAUUUAUAUUUUGUAAUUUACGUUCUAUCUUCUAUUCUACAGUAACCUGUAUUAUAACAAAGAAAAUAUUCCAGUUUCGAGUGCCAAUAACCAUGGAUUACUCUACUAUCAGUAACAAGACUAAUUACACAGAAGCUGAAGAGUUAACAAAUGGUGAAUUAAGUGAACGUUAUUAUUUGCUCAAGAAACAAUACGACAAUCUUUCUAGCAGUUAUGAAGCGACCAAACAAGAACUACACGAUGCUAGACGAAGCUACCAAACGGCUUUGGACGUUCAGAGGCACUUAAAUGCGGAGUUAGAAAGUUACCAGGCUGAUGAAGCUCGUCGAAAAAAUGACUUUACUUCCCGUAUAACAAACCUUCAAGAAGAAAUUUCAGAGUUAAAAGUAGAACGUACACAACUAACUGAACAACAUGCAGCCGAAAUCAGUAAGUUCGAAACUCAGAUUCGUAAUUUAAAAGAAGAACAGUCUUUGAAAGUACGUGAGAGUCCGGAGCGAGAUAAUUCUGAGUUAGAGGAGGCGCGGAAAACAGUGAACAGUGCCCUGUCCGAUGCUGCUGCGGCUAAAGCAGCCCUCGAAGAAGCGAGAAUGGAAAUUGCAUCAUGGCGUUUAAAAGCUGAAGAAUUGAUCUCUGAGAUGGGUGAGAUGCGCGUAGCAGCUGACCUUCGGAGAGAGGAACUUAGGGCUGCUAAUGAGAGGGAAGCUACUGCACUGGCUGAGUUAGCAGAAGCCAAAGCUAUGCUGCACCAAUGUACAGAUGUACAACAGGACUUACAACCUCAUGCUGCUAAAGGUAAUUCUAUUUUUGCUGAAGUUGAAGACAAGAGGCAGGAAAUGGCAAAGAACCUCAUUCAGAUGAAACAAACAAAUUCUAGGCUGAGAAGAGAGCUAGCCAACAAGCAAGCUGAGGUAGAUGCCUUACUUCAUGAGAAGCAGACAGUCUGGGAACAGCAGGCCGGAGCCGCAGCUCACUAUGAUAGAGAACUUAUUGAAAGCUACGAGGAGCGCAUCACUCAGCUAGAGGGCGCCUGUGAGAAGCAGCGCCGCGAGCUGUCACGGUGGUUCGGCAAGUUAUGUGAACCUACUGCUAAUGGCUGGCUACCUGGAGUUUUGGACCAUUUGAAAUCAGAAUGCGAGCAACUAAGGGCCGAAGUACUAUCGCGCGGAGCAGCCCAGCUCGCCAGCGCUGCGCAAGUCAGGGAACUUCGCAGAAAACUUGCACUACUUACCGCUUCCGCCACCAAGCAGGCCAACUCCCCCGCAAACAAACCUGACACCAACAACGAUCACAAUAAGACUGAUAUUGGCACGCCUAAAGUUGCUGUUCAAGUUAGAAGUAAACUUACUCCUGAUGAUGUUAAGAAGAAAGUGUCUUUUAACUAAAAUUAUAGUACCUACUAAAAUGUCGUGUUAUGUUUUACAUAGGAUUUUAAACUUUAUCCCCCUUAUUACAAAAAUCUUUAGUCUCAGUUUAAACCAUUGACUUAGAUUUUAAAUUUUGAAUCUUAUUCUCAUCUACCUACCUAAAAUUCGAAAUACAAAAACUGGCUCAAUGUUUUAGACUCAAGACUAACGAAAAGCCUUGUUUUGU